AUGGAGACGGGCAGCCUUGGCAUUCACAGUAUCUACCCUUGGCAGAAGGCAUGCCUGCUCGGCCCCGGUCUCCUCAGUGGCGAGAAGAACCUCAUCUACAGCGCGCCCACUGGGGGCGGCAAGUCUCUGGUGGCCGACGUGCUCAUGCUGAAGCGGGUCCUCGAAGAUAAAGAUGCAAAAGCCAUCCUGGUCCUUCCUUAUGUUGCUCUUGUUCAGGAGAAGGUCCGUUGGUUGCGCCAUAUAGUAGAUGGCCUGGCCAAGGUGAAUGAUCCCCCUCCCGUAGAUGAAGCGAAUCGGCUUUGGCGGCGGAGGGCCGACGAAAAUACUAUACGCGUCGUUGGCUUCUUCGGUGGCGGCAAGGUGCAGUCAACUUGGGCGGACUUUGACAUUGGAGUUUGCACUAUUGAGAAGGCAAAUGCCAUGAUCAACACGGCUAUCGACGAUUGCUCGAUCAAGCACCUCAGAAUUGUGGUAUUGGAUGAAUUGCACAUGAUUGACGACGACCAUCGGGGCUAUCUGAUGGAGCUUAUGGCUACUAAACUGAUAUCCCUUCCUCAGUCGAUGCAGGUUGUCGGCAUGAGCGCAACUCUCUCUAAUAUCAGGUUGCUAUCGACCUGGCUCGAUGGUCAUUCCUACGAGACCAAGUACCGGCCCGUACCCGUCGAGGAACAUCUCGUCUACGAAAGCCAUGUAUACCCUGCUGCCACCACGAGCGAGUUGCUCAAGACAGCGAAUCAGUUGAAGAAUGUUUCUCAGCCCACACAGUCCGAGGCCAUGGCUAUCAGGCAUAUAGAGCCAUCAGUUCAUCGAGAGCUCAAGGACCCAGUAGUCAAUUCGGUAGUAGCUCUAGCGGCCGAAACCGCUAGAGCAGGAUACGGCGCAUUGGUCUUCGCCGGAAGCCGGGGUGCUUGCGAGACGGAUGCCAAGCUAAUCGCCCGAGUGUUGCCCCAGCAAGAAGAGGUUGAACCCACCGUAUUUGACAAGAGAGUCGGCUUGCUUGCCGAACUGCGGAGCUUGAGCACUGGUCUUGAUGCGGCGCUCGAAGAGACUAUACCUUCAGGAGUAGCAUUCCACCGUCAGUUCCGAUACCAACCUGGACUCACUACGGAAGAACGCGAACUGAUCGCCAAUGCUUAUGAUAUGGGCGUUCUAAAGGUUUGCGUUGCAACGUGCAGUCUUGCUGCCGGGAUCAACUUAGCGUUACUAGAAGUUAUCGCCAUACGUUUGGCCACAAGUCGCGAUUCAAUCGACGACUAUGCGGCGAAAACGCUUCUUGCCUGCACAGGCGAUCUCGCACUCGUCCGAAAGUGUGUCCAAAGCAGUUUGGACAACCUUCUCUCUCUCAACUUUGUCGAAGUCGACGGGCUGGAUGGUUUUCGUCCGACACAACUGGGCAAGGCCAUUGUAGCAUCAGCUUUGGACCCUGAUGAUGGAACGUUUAUCCACAAGGAACUACAACGUGCGCUAAAGGCAUUCGUUAUGGAUGGUGAGAUGCAUAUCCUCUACAUGUUUACCCCUGUUCAGGACUACGGCACAAACAUCAACUGGCAAGUAUUUCGCAACGAGAUGGAGGCGCUUGAUGACAGCGGUCAUCGUGUUCUCGGGUUCCUAGGCCUCAAGCGUGCUGUGAUCAACCGGUUAGCGCAAGGUGGCGUGCUGAAGGGAUCGACAGCCGAAGAACAAGAUGUAAUUCGUGUGCAUCGCAGGUUUUACAUGGCCUUACAACUACGAGACCUCUGUAAUGAGAUGCCGAUCCAUGUUGUUGCUCGCAAAUAUGAUGUGCACCGAGGCGCUGUGCAGACGCUCUCCCAAACAUGCACCGGCUUCGCUGCUGGUAUGAUCAAGUUUUGCGAGCAAAUGGGAUGGGGCAUCAUGUCCGCAGCGCUCGACCAUUUCUCCGACCGCCUGAGAGCCGGUGCCAGGGCAGACCUGCUGGCGCUGGCCAAGAUAACCUUUAUUAAAAGUCGAACGGCGCGAAUUUUCUGGGAGAGCGGCUACCGGAGUAUCGCGGCGGUCGCGAACGCGGACCCGCGGGAGUUGGUGCCCAUUCUUCUACAGGCAAGUGCACAAACCCCUGUCCUCAGUACAAACCGCGUGCUGACCUCCUCAGGCCCAACCAAGCAAGAAAUAGAGAUGCAACACGACGUCUACGAAGAGUGA